AUGGCAAAACGAUCUUCUCAGCUGCAGAAACUCAUUCUUCGGGACAACCUUAUAAAUACGAUAGAAGAAGGGGCUUUUUCGAAAUUCGAAAACUUGAAAAUUCUCGACUUGGGAUUCAACAAGCUGAUGCAACUCGACUUUCACCCUGGAAAGGUCACUGAUUUGCGCCUCGAUCACAAUGAAAUCUCCCACAUCACCCCACUCUUCAGCUUGAACUCAGAAAACAUCGAAAAACUCGUCUUGCGGAACAACAAACUCAUCUCAAUUCCAGUCUUCAAUUUUCAAAAAAUCACAUUUCUCGAUUUGCGAUGGAAUUCAAUUUGGAACACGCCAUUCAAUGAGCUUGAAUUUUCUCAGUUUGAGGAGCUAUCUGGUGAGUUUCUCAUUGGCCAAGCGAAGAUUUACUGCAAUUGUGAGGCGAGAUGGCAGAAAAGAGUGCAGAGAAUCGAAGGAUUAGAGAUAGAAUGUCGGCCAGAAUCUUCAAGGGGUUGGAAAAAACAAGUUCAAAUGAAGAAUUAUUUUGAAAAUAACUGUCAAGAAUCAUCCUCAGAUUUUCUCGAGGAAACAACAACAUCAACCCCAGCAACAACGACAACAAGUCUGAUUCCAACAGACUUUCCCUACGCUACGAUAUCUCAAGAUUCUCAAACAACAGCAUUUUCGGACGGAAUACCUGUAGUCCUUGAUGCACCACUCUGGAGAUCUGGAAAUCAAGAAGAUGAUGAUUCUGAUUUCGAACUCUCCGGAGAUGAAGAUGUUUCGCUUGAACUCAAAGAGCCAGAAUCUCAAAUUGUCGAGAACGAUUUUUGGUUCUGGGACAUGAUUAAGGAUCUACAAGAGCAUGAUUCAAACUCUGAAAUUCUAGAGCCGCUGCCAGUUGACACGGAAGAUAAGAAUAUUCAGAGUGCUCCUCUUGAAACCACAAGCACAACAACAUCUUACGAUGGCAUAACAGCAAUUACGCUCAUUUCUACCUCCAAAAAUGAGGGCUUCUCAGAAUUUUCAAAGACAAAAGUUUCUACAUCAACAGAAAAAUCAACGGAAACAAUAUCAGAACUGGGCAAAACAACAAAUCCUCAUCAUGAAAAAACUUUUCAAACAGAAGCUUCUGAAGUGGAUACAAGAAUAUCGACGAGUAAAACAACAACAACAAUAACAACAACAAAAGCAUCAACAUCAUCAUCAACGACUACAGCAACCACAACAACAACAACGACGACGACAACAACAACCACGAAACAAACAACAAAAACCUUAAGCGCAAAACGGCUCCGCCAACUGGCCCGGCAAGAAAACCAAAUCAAAUCCCGAGUCAACAAAAUGAACAGUCGCUACAACAAGCAACAGUGGAAUAAAAUCAAAGCCGUCCGUGAAAGCGCAAAAUGGAAAGCGAACCAGAAAAAACGGCUCAAUGAAUAUUACUCCAGAUCAAAGAACUUGGCGAAUAUGGCGCAAAGAAAAAUGAUCCUUGAAGAUGUAAAGGCUGAAAAAGAGUUCCGCGAUUUGAUCACAAUGCUGAAUACAACAACGACCACCACUACCACAACGACGACCACCACUACCACUACGACAACAACAACGACAACCACAACGAAAAAAUUCCUCGACAUGAAGCAUCUAAUCGAAACUCUCAACCGCGUUGCUUUGGAAGAUCGACUCUGUCUCUUUUUCUUCGCCGAGGUGAAAAACUGGUUCAGCAAUGGCGGCGGAAGAAUGACAAAGUCUACCUUUUUCCAGUUUCUCAAGAGAUGCGAAGUUUACGAAUACAGAACAAAGAUUUUCGAGUAUUUUGGUGGUCGAUUGGUCCUCACAGAUGAAACGACAACGGAAGGUCCAUUGACUCUUCCAAAAACGACUCAGCAAAGUUCAACGAGGCGGAAAUUUUUCACUCUGAAGCCUCGGCCUUUCACUCCAAGAACAACCCCGUCAUCAAUUUCUCCAGCUCGAACGACAAGAAAAACCAUCGGUUUUCCUGCUCCAAGACCAACCAAGAAAAUCGAAGAUGAGACAACAGUAGAAACAACGACUGAACAGCUCCGACUUCCAACAAAACCGGCGACAAGGCCUUCCGAAGUGACUCAAAGACCCGGAAUAGUUCAAGCUACAAUAGAAACAAAGCCAUCUACCGAGGAAACAUCUACCCUCGACGUAUCCGGCCAAGGCGCCACUAUCAAAGUAACAACCGAUUGGAAAUUCGGCAACUCACCAGCCAGCACCACCAAAAGACCAUUUUUAAACAACUCCACUUUGCCUGAAGAAAAAAGAAUCAUCAUCAUCGUCACCAUUUCUUUCGUAGCUAUCAUGCUCUUUGGAUCGAUCGGAAUAACAAUGAUUCGCAACAUGCUCUGUCUUGAAUCGCCAGCAGCUCGACAGGCUCGCGAAAUCCGGGAAAUGGAGCUCAACGAGCAGGCCCAGGCUCGACUCUUUGCUCGCCGCAGAAGAAGAGGUCGAUCUGAUGCCCCUCCAGCCUACAAUGAUCUUUUCCCAGAAUAG